ACAUUGAACGCUUGAAGAAGCAAAAGCGAGUGAUAAAAACUCAAACUUCGAAGCUUUAUACGAAACUUUUAAGAUUAAUGUCCAACGAGAAAUGUGAGAGUGAGGAAUUAUUGCAAGGGCUAGACACAUACGAAGAGAAGCAGCAGGGAGACGUUGACAAUUAUUGAGGAACUAAUCCUAGCGUACAAAAAAGCUGGUGACAAACAAAAUGCUGUAAAGACUGAGGACGAACUUGAGAUUGUUACAAAAGAUACCAAUCGCGAUGUAGUUACAGUGAAAUCGUUUAUAGUGGCUAUGAUUACUAAACCAAUGAAACGAAGUCCGGACGUGCUGGAUACGGCGCAAUCAAAAGAGUAUAGAGACGGAGUCAAUCAACCUUAUACAUCAAAGAUCGAAGACAGAGGGUGUUGAUCGCAGUUUGGAGCAUCUGCAAAUACCAAAAUUUGAUGGCGACAAAUCGAAGUUUGCAAGUUUUUUUGGGCAGCUUUUUCAGCAAUUGUGGACGAGACAAGUGCACUUUCGAAACACAAAAUGUUCAGAUUAAAAGCAUGUCUGAAGGGGAAGGCAGCAGAGGCAAUCUUGAAAUUGGGAUAUUCAGAAGAAGCCUAUGAAGAGACAAAAAAGACUUUGAUACGAAAGUUUGGAGGUAAUCGUCGACAGAUACAAGCGCAGUUAGAGGAUCUUCGUAACACUACACCGUUUCAAGACGACGAUGUGCAAGAAAUUGAAAAGUUUUGUGGACAAUUUGGUACAUACGAUCGGGAUGUUAAAAGAGCAAUGACUAUGGAACGAGUUAAAACCGAACAGCAUGUUGUAUCUGUUAUUAAUUGAAAAGAAUGUUGGCCAGUUAUUUUAGAUGGUUAAUGGAGAAAUGUAAAGAAGAGACCUUGGAAAAUGUGAGUAGUGAUUGGAUGGUAGAAGAGGCAGAGUUCCUGAUUUGUGCAUUAGAGACGAGGGAAGGUAUGGCGACUAAGAAAACACCAAAGGACAGAAGGCUGAAAGACACAUGGUAGUUUUGCAGCCAUGAACAAUGGACGAGAGUGAAGUUGUGCAUGUUGCAACAAGAUUGGUCAUGGUGUGUGGAAUUGUACAAAGUUUAAAGACGGUACUGUGAGACAAAGAUGGACUUUGGCAAAAGGAAGGAAACUGUGCUAUCGAUGCUUGUCGGAAAAUCAUCUGGGAAAAGAUUGCCCUAGCACACGAGUAUGUGGACAAGAAGGUUGCAAGAGUAAUCACCAUCAGUUGUUACACGAGUCCGGGACUCGAGAUCAGAAGAAGAAAGUUAAUCAGGAUGGCAAGGACAAGAUUUCACAGUCUCCACCUAGUUGAUCACUUCAAUCAGUUCCAGAUUUAAAGGCUGAGAAUUUGUCAGCGUUAGAACAACCGACUGGGGCAGAAAAGAAAACAUACAUAGCAACGUUGGCUUCGUCGAAAUCAUCUAAAGAAGUUGUGUCAUUUCGUACAGUACCUGUCAGGCGAACGGUCAGAAGAUAAGAGUUAAUGCUGUCCUAGACGAUGCUAGCAGCGCGUCCUAUAUUAGUGAAGAGGUAGCUGGGGUACUUGGACUGUCUGCACCAUACGAACCUGUUACAGUUCAAGUUUUAAACGAAAAUAUUGAGACUUUUGAUACCAUGCCAGUGGACUUGAUUCUCGAAAAUAGUGAUGGUAAUGUUCAAGUUCCAUUUCAAGCAUCUACGUGCCCACAUCAGAUCACAGGAAGCUACAAAGUGGUAGAUUGGAGGCGUUAUCAAAAGCGUUGUCGCAUUUGGGAGUGUGUAAUUUUCCGAGGCUACAGUAGAUCCGCUGGUAGAUGUGCUGAUUGGUCAAGAUCAAGUCGAUUUGCAUUACGCACGAUGUGAUGUAAGAGGGAAGCAAGGCGAACCGAUUGCACGAUUGGGUCCGUUAGGAUGGUCUUGUAUCGGAGAUCCAGAAGAGAAAUCGUCAGCGCGUUGUCCGCUUCGUAUCAAUCUGAUUUACACGUUCUUUGCUAAGUCUGAAUCGCUCGAAGAACUUAAUCACUCGCUGAAAAGAUUUUGGGAAUUGGAAUCAGUUACAACCGACAAAGAGCAUCACGUAAUGUCACAGAAAGAAAAGUCGGCGUUGUCUCAGUUGCAUGAAUCGCUGGUCAACGACGGAGAGCGUUAUCAAGUUGCAGUGCCGUGGCAAGAAAGUUGUCCAACUCUAAUGAACAAUUACGAGACUGCAUUCAAUCGCCUCAAGAUUACAGAGAAACGAUUAUCGAAGAACGAAUCCCUUGGAGCAGAUUAUGGUGAAACAAUUCGAAAUUAUGAGCAAAAGAAAUAUAUCCGUAAACUGACUCCUGAUGAAGCAAUGGUUCCCGAAGGUCAAGUGUGGUUUUUACCCCAAUUUCCGGUGUGUCGCCCAGACCGAGCAACAACAAAGACUCAUAUUGUGUUCGACGCCAGCGCUAAGCAUCAUGGGGUGUCCUUGAAUGAGAUGAUCCUACCAGGACCAAAGCUGUUGAGCAAUUUGUUUGAUGUACUCAUGCGAUUUCGUCGAUAUCCUGUUGCUAUGGCAUGCGAUAUCCGAGAGAUGUAUCUACAGAUCCGAAUUCCAGCUGAAGAUCGUUCGUAUUUCCGAUUCUUGUGGAGAAAUCUAGAAAUUGAUCGACGUCCUGAUGUCUAUGAAUUUGAAAGAAUGGUCUUUGGUGACACAUCAGCUCCAUUCCAUGCGCAAUUUGUGGCUCAAGAAAACACCCGACGACACAAAGAAACUUACCCCCUCGCGGCGGAGACUGUCGAAAAGUCAACUUAUAUGGAUGAUUCUUUGGACUCAACUCAAACCAAGGAGGAAGCAAUCGAACUGUAUGAGCAAUUGAACGGGUUGUGGAAGUUAGCCGGUAUGGAACCACGUAAAUGGGUGUCGAAUUCCUACAGCGUUCUUAAGAAAAUUCCAAGUGAGAAACGGGCAGCAAAAGUCGAUUUAGCUAAAGAGAAUAUCCCUACGAUUAAAACCCUGGGCGUGUUAUGGUUGGCUGAGGAUGAUGUGUUUUCUUUCCAAGUCGAAGAAGUCCUUCAACCACAGUUUACGAAGAGAUUCCUAUUAAGCCGAGUAUCAAAAGUAUUUGAUCCGCUGGGAUUUGUGUCACCAUUCGUCGUGCGUGCAAAGAUCCUAUUGCAAGAGUUAUGGUCGCAAGGGAUAGGAUGGGACGAUCCAAUUGAGCACGACGUGUAUCGUCAGGCCAAGAGUUGGUUGGACGAGCUAAAGGAUCUUGAAUCCAUAAGAAUUCCCGGAUGUUUGCACAUGAACAAUGAUCAGUCCACGACAAUACACACUUUCGUAGAUGCGUCGAAAUCUGUGUAUGGCGCUGUCAGCUAUUUGAGAACCGAACAUCCGAACGGAAGAGUCGAGGUCAAUAUAGUUGCAUCGAAAACUCAAGUGACACCAUUAAUGCCAGUGAGUAUUCCUCGGCUCGAGUUGUUGGCAGCGGUCUUGGGGUUAAGGUUAGCAUUGGUUAUUGCAAGAGCAUUGAAUCCUCCCUAUCUCCACGGCGUGGUUUUGGUGUGACAGUAUGAACCGUGCUUCUCUGGAUUCAUGGACACGGUUGAGAAUUCCUGCCUUUUGUAGCAAAUAGAGUUGGAUUCAUUCAAAGUCAAACCAAUCUGGAGCAAUGGCAAUACAUUGGGACAAAGGACAAUCCUGCUGAUAUGUGUUCUCGUGGAAGCAAAGCAGCUCAGCUGAUUGACAGUGUGUUAUGGUGGCGAGGUUCUCAAUUUCUGCAAAAGACGGAGUUGGAGUGGCAACUGAAGAAGAUCGUUAACGAAGGAGGCAUUGGUCGCAAGAUGGAGUCCACAUUGACUUGUUUAGUCCAGCCUACCGUUUCUUCCAGCAGUCCUUCGUGAAGAUUGAAUCCAUCAAGACGGUCCAGCUGGCAGAGAUUCAUUCAUGUCCUGUCUUGGGUAUUGAGAUUUGUUAACAACUGCCAUAACACGGUCGAAAAUCGAGAAUAUGGUCCGUUAAAGCCAGAAGAAGUCAAAGAAGCGCAGCUUUACACAAUAUGUGACGCGCAAAAGAAACGUUUCAAGGAGUAUGAAGUCAUCAAGAACGGAAAGUUGCUAGCCUAAGAUUGACGAAGACGGCGUACUUCGAUGUGAUGGUCGAUUAUGUUAUGCAGAAUUCUUCCCAUACGAAGUUCGUUUUCCAGUCAUAUUACCUCAGG